CCAGAUAUGACCCGUACCUAUGUCGACAAAGGACGUCUUUACCUGAAAGAAUGCCUUGGCGGUGGCGCUUUUGGCAGCCUGUUUCACGCACUGGACCUCAAGACAAUCGCUUGCCCGAAGCAUAUGUGUGCCAUUAAAUGCAUACAAGCCGAUGGAAACUAUGGAUGCUCCAAUAGAAUUCGUUCUACACCCCAAAGCCUCCCAGCGCUCUAAUAUCGUUGGUCUUCAAGACCUCUUCUGACGACGGCCGUAUGGAUUUCUGUUCUGAAGGCGACUUCUACAAUGCUAUCCAGAGAGGCGCAUUUUUAGACCACAAUGAACGUAUCUGGUCGAUAUUUAUUCAGAUCCUGGACGCCGUCGCACAUUAUCACGAUCUGGGCAUGUACCAUCGGGAUCUCAAGCCAGAGAAUAUCCUUUGCGCCACGGAUCAAGCACCAUAAACGAAGUACAUAUAAUUAAAUAAUGAGAAGAGGUGUAUGAUAUGAAGUCCAACCCCCUCCAAAAAGGUACGUGAGAUUUGAAUUUUUUUUCGGCCACCAACGAGGACUGCCGCCACUGUUAUCACCUCAAAGAACAGCCCCGCCCCCACUCGCCACCGUCAAUCCCAUUCGAACUUCAGCCCAGGGAGAGCGAAGGUGCCCUCCGCCACCGCUUCGACCUCAUCACG